AUGGCAUUCAAAAUUGCUGCUUUGCUUUUACUUCUAGUCGCUCUCGGUUACGGUCUGACGCACCGAGGCCGUUACGGAAAGGGAGGAUGGGGAGGACAGGGUGGCUUUGGUCACGGAGGUAGUCGAGGCGGAAAUGGAGGCUACGGUGGUCACAACGAUUUUGGAUCUGAAGGUGGUCACAACGAUUUUGGAUCUGAAGGUGGUCAUGGUGGUCAGCGCAGUUACGGCGGACACCGUGGCGGGUAA